UCAUUCCAAUCAAGCCGCCUUGACUACUUCGCAACUCAGCCUUGGAUCCUGCCCAACAUCAACGAGGCAAGCAAGCAUGGCAAGCUCAAAAAUGGCCUCGGGUGGGCACAACAUUAGGCCUGUGCGCAGCAUACUGGACUCGGAUCUCUACAAGUUCACGAUGCAACAAGCCAUCCUUCUUUCGACCCUCGAAGACCCACCAGUCUCCUAUCGCUUCACAAACCGUUCAAAGAACAUGAAAUUUACGCGCCGAUGUGUCGAGCAGAUUCAACGCUGCAUUGACGGGCUGUCGCAGCUGGCCCUCAGCGACGAGGAACGCAACUGGCUCGCAACCAGGUGCCCCUACUUUCGAGAGGAGUAUCUAUCCCACUUGGCGCAAUUCAGAUUCAGGCCAAAGGAGCAGGUCGAGUUGCGCUUCGUUCCCGACAGCGACGACGAGGGCAGGGGCGACAUAGAACUCUCCGUACAGGGGAAAUGGUCGGAGGUCAUCCUCUACGAGGUGCCCCUCAUGAGCAUCGUUUCCGAGAUGUACUUCCGCAUCGUCGAUACCGAUUGGAAGAUGGAGGGGCAGAGAACGCUAGCAAAGGAAAAGGCAAGGCGACUCGUCAAGGCAGGCAUCAGAUUCUCUGAAUUUGGCUCACGCAGAAGGAGGUCGUACGACUCGCACAAGUACUGCAUCGAGGGACUAAUGGCCGGGCAGGCGCAGGAGGAGAGCGCUGCUGCACAUGCCGCCUCGUCAUCUUCCUCAAUCGCCAAUGAAGGCUUCUCUGCUCCCUCUCAGCCCAGCACUGCCGGCGCACUAGGCAAGCUCUUGGGUACCAGCAAUGUUCACUUCGCCCAACUCUACGACCUCACACCAAUGGGCACUGUCGCUCAUGAAUGGACGAUGGCCAUUGCCGCGCUAGAAGGGUACGACCACGCAAACUUGAACUCCCUGCAAUACUGGGAUCAAGUCUAUUCCUCUCCCUCUUUCGUUCCCAACUCCCCCGCGCACGACCUCACCAUCGCCCUCACCGACACAUUCUCCACCAGCGUCUUCUUUGGUGAUCUUUUGAGCACAAACGAGGGGAAGGAGAUUGCAAAGAGAUGGAGAGGACUGAGGCAGGAUAGUGGAGACAGUAAAGCCUUUGCCUGGAGGGCAAGGGAUGUCUACAAUGGCUUGGGGGUCGACCCAAGGAGCAAAGUGGUAAUCUACUCGGACGGAUUGGAUGUGGAUCGAUGCGUUGAUUUGCAGGAGUAUUCUAGGGAGAUCGGCAUCGGGGCUGGAUUCGGCAUCGGCACCUUCUUGACCAACGACUUCCGCCAAUCAACCCCAUCACCAGACGACUUGCAAGACCCGGAUGGUCCGCCGCCCUCCUCAGACCUUCCAGUGUCCAAGCCCCUCAACAUCGUCAUCAAGCUCUCCACUGUCAAAGAUCGUGCGGCCGUUAAGAUCAGCGACGAGUUGACCAAAAACACCGGGGAUGCCCACGAGAUAGAGAUGGUCAAGAGGAGGUUCGGCUUGACGCAGGAGGCGAUGGAGAAUGGAGAUCAGCCGGCGGGGGUGACUGGUCAGGAGGAAACUGUUGUCAAGGUGGGGAGGAGGCAGGGCGAGGAGGAUGACAAAGUACCUGUGGAGGAUGCUUGA